GCCAACAAAACGAGCUCGUUACGAGCUGUGAUUUUCAACGGGGAAAAGUAACUUUUCUCCGAUCCUUCCAAUCUUCAUACGGUUUUCCACGCUAGGUACGUCACUCAGUGCAGCGGAAUUGUUAAUUACAGUUACGCGGAGUGCAGAAUUUCUCGUGAUUUUCUUAAAAAAGUUUCCCUUAGUCACCCAAAAGGUAUCAGACAGACAACUCGAGAAACAAAAAUUAAUAAAUAUGUUUAUUUGGGACUGGUUCACCGGAGUCUUGGGUUAUCUAGGAUUAUGGAAGAAAAGUGGGAAGCUCCUGUUUCUGGGUCUGGAUAAUGCCGGAAAAACAACGCUGUUACAUAUGCUCAAAGAUGACCGACUAGCUCAACAUGUACCUACGUUGCACCCAAGUAACUAACUUAUAUUAACAACAU